UUUUUUUUUUUUUUUUUCAAACUCGUUAUUUCUUUCGUAUAUCGUACAUGGAAAUGGGGCCAUUAUUCACAGAUGACAGCUAAACGGUCAACUUCUCGUCUGUCAGAGUCUAGGGUUUUGAGAGGGGGAAUUAACGCGAGAGAGUAAGGGUUUUGGUUGUCUUGUACCCACCCCUUCGGGUAGUCUUUAAUUUUUAUGGCUUUUGGUUGUUGAAUAUGAAUUAAUUAAGAGACUAGAGUUUACAUACAUACCCAUUACCCAGUUACCCACCCUCCCCACUCAAACACACAUACAUACACUUGAUCUGGCUUUUCUCAUGAGUGGAUGAGAAACCGAAUCUACAAAUCACACCCAUUUCGGAAGAUUGAUUAAGAUUUGUAGUCUUACAGUAAAAAAGGGUUAGUUUCUGUUUUACUGAUGAGUUUUGGGGGGUUUUACGGCGGCGGCGGCGGUGGUGUUGGUGGGGAUUCACGAAUGGUGAUGGCUGAUGGUUCUUUUAACAGUAUGCCACUGCUCAGGGCUCCCAUUUCUCAACCACAACUCAUCGCCUCAUCUCUUUACAACUCAGAAUCCCUCUCUCUCGCCUUAAAGCCGAAGAUGGAAGGACUUGGAGAAAUCGGUUUGAUAGGUGAAAACUUUGAAGGAAAUCUGGGAAGGGUUAGAGGAGAUGGAUCUGAAAGCAGGUCCGGCGGAAGUGACAAUGUCGAAGGUGCAUCCGGCGACGAACAAGAUGUCCCACCUGGCCCUUCUUCCAGUUCUCGCCGGAGACAGAAAUAUCACCGCCAUACUCCAUACCAAAUUCAAGAGCUCGAAGCUUCCUUCAAAGAUAAUCCUCACCCAGAUGAGAAAGAACGAUUAGCGCUCGGAAAGAAGCUGAAUUUGGAAAACAAACAAGUCAAAUUCUGGUUUCAGAAUCGACGAACUCAAAUGAAGACACAACUGGAGCGCCAUGAAAAUGCUAUCUUAAAACAAGAAAACGAUAAACUCCGGAUCGAAAACAUCGCCAUGAAAGAAGCAAUUCGAUCUCCAGUCUGCAACAAUUGUGGGGGGCAAGCAAUUCUGGGUGACAUAUCAAUCGAUGAACACCAUCUCAGAAUCGAGAACGCCCGGUUACGAGAUGAACUCAGUCGAAUAUCGAUUCUAGCCAAUAAGUUCCUGGGAAGGCCAUUAUCGUCAUUUGGCGGUGGUAACAUGCCGCCCGGAAUGGCUAAUUCCAACUUGGAAUUAGCUGUCGGAAGAAAUGGAUUCGGAUUAAACAUAAACCCGAUGGAUGUGGGUUUACCGAUGGGGUUGGAUUACAACAACGGAAUCUCAAAUGCUUUGCCAUUGAUGUCACCUUCAAGACCCGGAAUGGGGAUGGCGGCAGGUGGUGGUGGUGGUGGUAUUGAUAUGGCGUAUGAUAAGAAUGUGUUUUUGGAGCUUGCGGUGAAUGCCAUGGAUGAAUUGAUGAAGCUUGGGCAGGUGAAUAGCCCACUAUGGCUUGGGAACAUGGAAGGUGGUGGUGGUGAAGUUCUUGAUUUAGAUGAGUAUAUGAGAACUUUUCCUCUUUGUCUUGGUAUGAAGCCACAUGGAUUUGUCACCGAGGCUUCCAGGGCUAGUGGUGUUGUUAUGAUCAAUAGUUUGGCACUUGUGGAAGCUUUACUCGAUUCUAAUCGUUGGAGAGAGAUGUUUCUUGGUUUGAUCGGAAGUAGUAGCACUGUCGAUGUGAUUUCGGGUGGAUCCGGCGAUUCGAGAAAUGGGGUUGUCCAACUUAUGCAAGCCGAGGUUCAAUUGGUUUCGCCUUUAGUACCGGUUCGCCAAGUGAGAUUCAUUCGGUUUUGCAGACAACACGCGGAGGGUGUAUGGGCGGUGGUUGACUUGUCUGUUGAUGGCGGAAGAGAAGGAUUUAUAUCUAGGAGACUUCCGUCUGGGUGUAUCGUGCAUGAUAUGCCCAAUGGUUAUUCAAAGGUAAUGUGGAUCGAGCAUACAGAAUACGACGAGGGUGUCGUACACCAUCAGUAUCGGCCGUUAAUUAGAUCGGGGUUAGGGUUUGGUGCUCAGAAAUGGAUUUCAACACUACAAAGACAUUGCGAGUGCAUGGCAACAAUCAUGUCACCUGAUUCUGCCACCGAUGAUCAUAGUCCAGUGUUACCUCCCGGUGGUAGAAGGAGUUUAACGGCUCUUGCACAGCGUAUGACGUCUAACUUUUGUGCCGGAGUUUGUGCCACUGGUGGUCAUAAAUGGGAGGUGAUUGGCAAUGGAGCCGAAGCAGCUAAAAUUAUGAUCCGUAAAAGUUUAAAUAAUCAUGGGGACCCUUCGGCAGUGCUGAGCGCCACCAUGUCAGUGUGGAUGCCCAUGCCACAUCAGCGCCUGUUCGCGCUGAUGUUGAAUGAAGAACUACGGUCCCAAUGGGACGUUUUGUCCCAUGGGACCGCUAUGCAGAACAUGAUUCGUUUCUCAAAAAGUCAAGACCAUGGCAACCUGAAUACCAUCUCUCUUCUACGUGCCAAUACUUCGGGUGGAAAUGCGAAUCAGAACACGGUUUUGGUGCUUCAAGAAAGUAGUACGGAUGUGAGUGGAUCACUUAUAGUGUAUGCAGCUGUGGACAUAAAUUCAAUUGAUGUGGUGAUGCGUGGUGGUGACUCAUCAUGUGUGGCUCUAUUGCCAUCUGGGUUUGCGAUCAUGCCGGACUGUGUGGGUGAGGCGGGUGCACCGGUGACCAAACCCGGGUCAGAAGGUGGUUCGUUGUUGACUGUUGGGUUCCAGAUUUUGGUCAAUGAUUUGCCAUCGUCUAAGCUUACAAUGGAGUCGAUCAACACAGUUAUUAAUCUUAUUUCGCGUACUGUUCAAGGGAUUAAAGAGGUGGUGAACUCUAACCAACAAGGAAGGCAGAUUAGUAGCUAGAUAGAUUGAUUUUCUCUUUAUAAGGAGAAUUACUUCUUGUGUUUUUAAUUGAACAAGAUGAUGGUAUGUGUGGAUUAAUUUUUUUUAGGAAAGAGGAGAGUGGGGUUGGGUUUGAUCUCACGAACUAGGGUUUGAGUCAAGAACGAACCGCGAUGAACUUUUGUGGUUCGGGUAUUGACUCAGUUGACCUGUGAGGUGAACUCAGCUUCGUUGGCUUCUCUUGUUCGUUUGUUUUUCUGUGUUUUGUAUGAAUUGAGUUGGGACUUUGGUUUUGUUUGCCUUUUCUGAUCGAAAAUCUCAGUGUGCAUGUUUGUUCCAA